AUGACUUGUUUACAUAGUCUGGUUGAUUUACUGAUAGAAAUGACAACUUCUGAAGCUCCAUUUACACUCCCAUUUGCUGCACUUUUUGAACCAACACUUCGGUUCAUGUUGCGGCUCGUGUCAAUAAACUUUGGUUGUUCAGCCGUUAUCCUUAGGUUUUUUCGCUCAAAUCAUGAUCUUAUUUAUCGCUUAGCAUCUUGUUCAUUGUUUUUGGAUAUAAAAACGCAAGGUGAUGGAGAGGAAAAUAUGGUGUUAAAGAAUUUAAAAAUCACAAUUCAAGGACUUAUACUGCAUUUAAGUGCUGUUGAAUUGUCUGCUCUCUUACAAAAUCGGCAUUACAGUCAGCCAGAACGUUAUUUUCAUCUGAUGCUAUCGCAGAGAGAUGAGACAGUGCAAGGACAAGAUUCAGUAAUCGAGCCUAUGUUGGGACAAGUUGCUAUCGGCUACACUCGGAAUGAGCAAAGGGAUGAAGAAGAAUGGCCUUUUCUGUGGAAGUUAUUGAGGACAAAAGCUGAUUUUAGUGAAAUAGAGAUUCCGGUAAUGGAAUUACUUAAUGCGAAAAAAUUGCAACAGAUUUUAUCAUUGUGUUUGCGUCCGACAUCUGCAAAUGUUCAGCAAUGUGAUAUCGAGCAUUUAAACUGGCUGCUUUAUAGAGAAUUUAGUAUGGUUGCCAAUGAAAUGCAACCUAAGUUCAAUUUCGAAAUCUCUAAGGACACUAAGCAAUUGCUUCAGUAUUGCACAAAUUAUAAUCUUGUAAAAAAUGGAGAAGCGUCAUUGCGACAGCUUCUCUCUGGUUGGCUAUCAUUUGUAAAUGUGCUGGCCAUAUUCUGUCCGGUUCCGUUUCUUGCUCUCGAUGUUCAAUACCAGUAUCUCUCAGAUGCAUUAUAUCUUUUAUUAAACUAUGCUUCGGAUACAUACAUGGACGCAAAACUUUCUUCAGCAGUUUCACAAUGUCUUCUGAGACUGACUGCUUCGAUUUGUACAUUGCUAAAGAGUUUGAAAGAGGAGAUUGCUGCGUUUAGAGUCGCUAUCACUGAUGUUGCUGAUGCUUUGAUCCGAUUUCUGAUACAGCCAGGUAAACGAUCGCUGCAAACGAAGCUAGAUUUAUAUGCUUGCAUUUCACUUAUUUUGAAUUAUUCAACUGAAGCACUUGUUUCGGAAAAGGAAGAAGAUGUUUCUCACUGUGGUGAUGACUUUUUGUUUGGUUCAACAGCCUUGAACGUUGCGCAGCAGGAUAUUUUGCGAACUAUAUUCACAAAAUAUGGACAUGAACUAAUUUCGCUUCUGUCCAAAGAUAUUUGUGACUCACCUCCAGCACUAAGAUUCGUGGCAUUAUUUUGUCUCGCACAAAUACUGCGUGAAGAUGCGCUGGGAUCUCAGUCGCUAGCAUUUGAAUUCCUUCGUACUGGUAUGUUACGAUAUGUUCUGGAAUCAGUGGCGGAUGUUAAUUUAAGUGGAUCCGAGAUUAAUGAUAUUCGUUCUUUGGAACAUUGCAAUAUUGUGUUGACUUUAUUUAUUCGGCUUGGACUUACUAGCUGCGGUUGGAAUGGUCUACAUGAUGUUAAUGCUUUGCAAGUGUUAGCAAACAUCCCUCUAUGGUCAAAUCCACCGAAAGAUUUGUUUCUUGCAUCUAAUUUUGACCUGAAGGCUCGCAGCGUUCCAUCACUGUAUAUGAAUUAUGUUGCAAACGUAGUGUAUCUUUGUAUUGCGUUAUGUUCGAAUUCUCAUUGGAAAAGAGUCUCAAUUCAGGUUCUUAGACUGUUAUCAUGUAAUGCCGACGUGCUAAAUCAUUUGAUGCGAAUUAAUAGGCAAAAUUUAUUUCUUGUGAAAUGUGGCAUUCUUAUUGCACAUAUUCAUCACUUUGAUACCUCAGCUCGGUCAUUUGUUGAGAAAUCAAGCUGUUUAAAUGCUUUAAGGAAGUCGUUCGGCAAGAUGUCAACGUCUUCUCCAGUCCCUUUGAAAGCCGCUUUCAACACUCCACGACAUCUCUUCAGUAAUCCCAGUUCGAUCAUUAGUUGA